UUUAAAACAAUCCCACCUCAAUCCCCCAGGGCUCUCCUGCAGCUGCUGGAGAGAGAUGCAGAAUGAAUGAACUUCUGGUUUCUGGAGGCGGCACGGGAAGAAAGAUUGGAAACUAACUCUGCCAGAAACUGCUGUUUUGGGAAUUAUUUUUCUUCCCCUUCAUCUCCACUACAAACCUGUCCCUUCCCUGGGCACCAAGACAUGGGCUCCCCUUGCUUGGCAGAGAAACAGCUGGAAACUGGCUCCCUGAGACAAGAGGGCUCCUCAUCCUCCUCUGGCGGUCCCCUGUGAGCAAAGUAAUGCACUCAGAACAACAGAAUGUUGUGCGGGGAGCAAGAGUGUGAAAUAGGCUGCAAUUCACUCUCCACUAUCCACCAGAAUCCAACUGGCUCUGAAAUUGAGAGGAACUUUGAUUUCCAUUCAGCUGCCGAGUUUCUCUCUUGAUUGGAGUGGAGUGCAUCUGAAAAUACUGGUAAACCCAGCACUUCCUUGCCUUGCGAUCUUCGACAAUGCCCAUGCCUUCCGGAGACCGGGGCCUGCAUCCCAGACACCACCACUAUGGUUCCCACAGCCCUUGGAGUCAGCUCCUGUCCAGCCCGGUGAAGAUGCCGUCCAUCAAGGGCCUUUACUACCGCAGGGUGCGGAAGGUGGGCGCCCUGGACGCCUCCCCGGUGGACCUGAAGAAGGAGAUCCUGAUCAACGUGGGGGGCAGGAGGUAUCGCCUCCCCUGGAGCACGCUAGACCAGUUCCCGCUGAGCCGCCUGAGCAAACUCAGGCUCUGUCGGAGCUACGAGGAGAUCGCGCAGCUCUGCGAUGAUUACGACGAGGACAACCGGGAGUUCUUCUUUGACAGGAGCCCCAGCGCCUUCGGGGUGAUCGUGAGCUUCCUGGCGGCCGGGAAGCUGGUGCUGCUGCAGGAGAUGUGCGCGCUGUCCUUCCAGGAGGAGCUGGCCUACUGGGGCAUCGAGGAGGCCCACCUGGAGAGGUGCUGCCUGCGGAAGCUGCUGAGGAAGCUGGAGGAGCUGGAGGAGCUGGCCAAGCUGCACAGGGAGGAGGUUCUGCGGCAGCAGAGGGAGACACGCCGCCCUGCCUCGCACUCCUCGCGCUGGGGCCUCUGCAUGAACCGACUGCGCGAGAUGGUGGAAAACCCGCAGUCCGGGCUGCCUGGGAAGGUCUUCGCUUGCCUCUCCAUCCUCUUCGUGGCCACCACCGCCGUCAGCCUGUGCGUCAGCACCAUGCCGGACCUCAGGGCGGAGGAGGACCAGGGCGAAUGCUCUCGGAAGUGCUACUAUAUUUUCAUCGUGGAGACCGUCUGCGUGGCCUGGUUCUCUCUGGAGUUCUGCCUGCGGUUUGUCCAGGCCCAAGACAAGUGUCAGUUCUUCCAGGGGCCCCUGAACAUCAUCGACAUCCUGGCCAUCUCCCCAUACUACGUGUCACUGGCGGUGUCUGAGGAGUCCCCGGAGGAUGGCGAGAGGCCGAGUGGGAGCUCCUACCUGGAGAAGGUGGGGCUGGUCCUGCGUGUGCUGCGGGCACUGCGCAUCCUCUACGUGAUGCGCCUGGCCCGCCACUCGCUGGGGCUGCAGACGCUGGGGCUCACUGUGCGCCGCUGCACACGUGAGUUCGGCCUGCUCCUUCUCUUCCUGGCCGUGGCCGUCACCCUAUUCUCCCCUUUGGUCUACGUGGCCGAGAAGGAGUCAGGGCGGGUGCUGGAGUUCACCAGCAUCCCUGCCUCCUAUUGGUGGGCCAUCAUCUCCAUGACAACGGUGGGCUACGGGGACAUGGUGCCCCGCAGUGUGCCAGGCCAGAUGGUGGCCCUCAGCAGCAUCCUGAGCGGGAUCCUCAUCAUGGCCUUCCCGGCCACGUCUAUCUUCCACACCUUCUCCCACUCCUACCUGGAGCUCAAGAAGGAGCAGGAGCAGCUUCAGGCCCGUCUCCGCCACCUCCAAAGCACUGGUCCGGCCAGUGAAUGUGAACUCCUGGACCCCCACAUGGCCAGUGAACAUGAGCUCAUGAACGAUGUCAAUGACCUCAUCCUGGAGGGCCCAGCCUUGCCUAUCAUGCACAUGUAACUCAGCACUCCCUGUGACUACAUAGUAACCUCAACCCAUCGCCCUGCCUGAAACACACUCAAGGGUACUCCACAUAGACCACCUAUUGAUGUUCUAGAGCCCAGGGAGGACUCCCAAAGCUGGAGGGGCAUAAGACCACAGAGCCUGUGUGUCUGUGAUCCUUGUCCCUGGGGGCCCGAUGUCCCAGGCUGACUGUGUCCAGCCUGCUUGCCUUUUCCUCUCUCUGCCCAUCUACUGAGCACGUCCAAUCUUGCUGGAGUAGCUCAGUCUUCUUUCAUUCUCUUUUCCUUCCCAGCAGAGGCUUUAACAUCCCAGGCUGGGUUCUGGAUGCCCACAGAACUAGUAACCAUUGGUAUUUGCAUACUGAGCCUACAGAAUUUCAUGAUUUCCCUAACACCAUUUUUCCUGGGCCAUGCCACCAUUGGAAGUCAAAGGUCCAGUCACUGCAAACCCCACUGAUCAAACUCUACCACCCAACCUUUCCACGGGUUCCAGAGGGAUCAGUAUGUUCUCCUUCCGCUUACCACCACCAGUGGUAUUUCCCUAAUGCUGCUGCCUCCUGCCAGCUCUGAACACUUGUAGCUAAGAAUGAAGAAUCAGCCUUUUUGCAGUAAAUCCCAUGUUGAGGCUGAUGCCCACAAGCCUGCCAUCCCCCACCUGGAGCUCAAGAAGGAGCAGGCAUCCCCAGGCAUGCCUGGAAUCUGGGACCUGGGACCUGGGACCUGAGACCUGGGCAGAAACUCCACUUGUCAGCACAGCCAGGCCCUCCUUGGCCGCCUGGACUCUUGGUGUGGUGUUCUCCAGUUAUCCAGUCCUUAGCCUUACAGAGACAAACUCUUUCAGGGUCCACGUUGUCCCUUGAGAAGAUCGUUCCUGCUGCUGCUUCCUCCCACACUGCAGGGGACCUUGGCUUUUCAUCCACAGCUGAGCCCCCAUGGACUCAGUGUAGCUUCGGCACAGAAACAAGGGGAAUCGUAGGUGCUGCCCCUUGCUGGCUUCCCAGACUAGUCUUCUCCAUGCUGGAGAUAGACAUUCUUAGCUCACAUUUCAAUGUAUUUAUUUAUUUGUCCAUUCAUCUGUGAA